UCCUGAUUGUAAAAAUACGGUGGAUUGUGUUUGACAGAAUUACAUAAACUGACUGUGGAAGACCUGAGUCUGUUUUUUGUGGAAAAAAAGAAAGCCUUUGAGAGAAGGUAUGGCCACUGGGGAGCCAUCUUCCCAGUCUAAGGACCAGAGUCCACCGCCUAUCUCUCCAGGAUAUGCCCUGGAGGUAGUGAUAGUGGAUGAUGAGAUCCCAGGACAAUCAGGCCUGUGGGAAGUACCCAGUCUUCUACCUUGGGCCUGUGUUCAGAAGAGGAGGAGAGACUGGUCCUCAGUAUCUGAGGAUGAGGUGCAGGAGGACCCACUUGAGGUCAGCGAUAGAGUCCCUGGAGUAGCAGCACCCAACAUCAUGCAUCAGAGGCCUAACUGGAAGAAGCAGAGGGACUCUUCUUCUUGUUCAGAGUUGGAAGCAGAGGUGGAGCAAAAAGGAUCCUGUUGUCAAAAGAUUUCUGGUUUGGGACAUGAACCUAAGAGCAUCCGAUAAGGUGAGGUCCUUACAUCCUAGGAAGAGCUGUCACUGUGCCAAAGCAUGGAGAGGACAGAGUUCCAACCCUGCAGUCCUCUCUCCAUCCCUCCUUGGAGCACCUUCCUCACCCUCCCACCCUCAAGGUCCCUUUAGGUAUCAACAUUGUCUCCCUUCUGAGCCUGGCUGGUGUUUGUGAACUGGGUGAGUACACCAUCCUCUACCUGGAUCUUCUGGGAUCUGAGCCCAGGACAGGGUCUUCCCUCAGAAUCAGUUCUCUGGCUGGUGCUUCCUGAAGCUCCUGGUCCCUUCUUCAGCUCUGGUGAACCAAAUUGUUCUAACUGAAUGGACCCUAAUCAAAACCAAAUGACCUCAAUACAGUCUGAAUGGGACCUAUGGAAGUGCCAUCCUGAGAACCAUGGCCUCCAUUCUAUUGAAUGUUCUUAGUUGCCAAAAAAAAAAAAAAAAAAAAAACUCCAACUACCCGACUUUUCCCCAAUAACCAGGCCACCUGACACUGCAGUCUCUUCUCUGAGGUUAGGCCCUACCAGUCCCUGUCCCCUGGUGCCUCCUCUUCCAGGGUGCCUGUCCUUGACUGUCCUCUUUUCUCCCCAUUAGUACCUCCUGGC